UCAAUUACGCAACGUUAUGUCCAGUUCCGCCCGCCCAGUAGUCUGAAGACUUCACGCGCGUGCGCAGUUCGUGUUCGUGAAAGGUAGCCGUCUUUUCGCCACAAUAAAUAACACCAUACAUAGUGAAUGAUGAGUUAAUUGAGUGUUGCGAUUGAUAUUAAUAUAUAUUAGGACAGAACUAAUAGUAACUGACAAUAAUGGGUCAAGAUAAUAAAAAUACUGAUACGUAUGAGGUACAUAAAUCUGAAGAACUCGGGCGCUACCUCAUCGCCGCACGUGAUCUGUCACCGGGUGAUGUUGUAUUAACAGAACUACCGCUGGUCUUCGGGCCUAAAGCCAUGUUUGACCCCGAAGCAUCGAUGCCAUGUGUCGGGUGCUAUAAGCCGGUGUUUACUGACGUAGGAGAGAGGUGUUCCAGUUGCGGAUGGCCUGUUUGUUCUGGCCACUGUCCAGGGUUAAAGGACCCGCGCCAUCAUGGAGUCGAAUGUGCCAUCCUCAGCGCCCGACCUGAAUGCGUCCUUGACAAUAUGGCUGAAUAUUACAGGCAUGAUGCGCUGUUGCCGUUACGUUGCGUUCUCCUUCAACAUACGGAACCAGAGAAAUGGAAGAAGUUAUUGCAAAUGCAAUCCCAUAUGGAAUGUCGAACACCUGGAACUGAUAUCUUUGACGAAGCCAACGAAUUCAUCGUUGAAUAUCUAAUGAAUGGUUUCAUUAAUAAAUUAGAUAUUACAGUUAAAAACAAAUAUCUUAAAGAAAUAUCUGAAGAUAUUUUACAUGUAAUAUGUGGAAUUAUAGAUACAAAUGCUUUAGAAAUAAGAUUGCCUGACGGUGCAGAACUAAACGCAUUAUAUUCAACUACAUGUUUAAUGGAACACAGCUGUAUACCGAAUACAAAACAUAUAUUCAAUCUUUCAACAAAAGACAGAAACGAUUUUUACCGAAUUACAGUUAAAGCAGUGGUACCUAUUACAAAAGGUAAUCAUAUCGCUACAAUGUACAGUCACGCAUUAUGGGGUACUCAAGCUAGAAGACAACAUUUGAAAGAAACGAAGUAUUUCUCCUGUAAAUGUCAAAGAUGCAGUGAUCCAACCGAAUUAGGUACCUAUUUAAGUGCUAUGAAAUGCUUCGGUGAUGAUAAAGGUCCCUGUGAUGGAGUCCAUCUACCUGAAGAUCCACUGGAUGAGGAGACAGAAUGGGCAUGCAGUAAAUGCUCUAUAAAAGUAAAUAAUUCGCAAAUAAAUAUGUUAAUAUCUCAAAUGGGGGAAGAAGUCGAAAAUGUUCAGAUGAUGGGUGGGUCUAUCAACACGUUGGAAAAUAUACUGUGUCGCCUAUCGACUUUCUUACAUCCUAAUCAUUAUCAUCUGUAUUCUAUUAAACAUUCACUCGUACAGUUAUAUGGUAGACAAGCUAGUUAUAUGUCUGAAGAAAUAUUGGACAAGAAAAUCAAGAUGUGUAAAGAUUUAAUUUGUAUCACGAAAACUCUAGAUCCAGGUAAUGCUAGACUUAGUUUAUAUAGCGCAGUUUUACAUCAUGAGUUGCAUUCCGCUUUACUUCUUAAAUCACAAAAGGCUAAGACUGAUGGGACUAUUAAGACUGUCGAGGAAAUUAAACCGUUUCUAGAAGAAGCUAAGGGCUCGUUGGAAAUAGCAUUACUUACAUUAGGAGACGAUAUUGAAGAAACAUCGGGUAAAAGAUUGUUUAAAGUUAUUGAAGACAGUAAAAGUGAUUUUGACAAGUUUUGUAAAGGAAAAAAUAUUCAUGUUUAAACAACUAUAUUCGGACAACAAAAAUGAAUUAAACAUAAUUUGAAUUCUUAAUUCUAAUAUCACAGUAAUUGAAUUGUUUGGUUAUUUAAUCAUCGUAAUAAAUUAUUUUUGGUAAAAGUAAAAGUAUUAGAAAAAAAGUACAAUAUUUUUUUUAAAUACAUAUUAUGCUAACCGCUUCUUGUAUACCAGUUCAAACCAGCUCUUGCAUUAUCAUCAUUCACCGACGAUACUAUCCAUUCAGUAAAUUUAGAUACUCUCGAAUAAAUUCCUGGCAUUUUAGCUCUAGCACAACCACUGCCAGUGGAAACAA